AUGCCGGAUCGCAGGUCUCGCAGCAGGAGCAGAAGCCCUCGACGGGACGAGAACCGCGAAGAGAGAAAGCGGAAGAAGCGAACAGGAUGGGAUGUCGGUGCUGAGGAAGGCGCGACACCGACGAUCCCCGGCUUGGCUGGGACAGGACUUGCCGGUUUAAGCGUCACGCAGGCUCUCGCUCAACAACAGAACAAUUUGCUAAUGCAAAACUUCCAGAACAAAGCUAUGUGCAGAAUCUACGUGGGUAGCUUGGACUACUACUUGACGGAGUUGGAGAUCAAGAGCGUUUUCCAGGCUUUCGGAACCAUUGUCUCGGUGGACAUGCCCAAGGAAGGCGACCGCAGCAAGGGAUUUUGCUUCGUCGAAUAUGCCUCACCAGAAGCGGCUGAGAUGGCUUUGUCGACGAUGCAGAAUUUUGUCCUGAAAGGACGGACGAUCAAAGUUGGACGGCCCACGGCAGUGGGAACUGGUGGACAACAGCUGCAGCGGCCGGCAAUGAUGAUGCCGACAGUCAGCACGAUGGGGGCUGUGGGAGGCCUCACGGGCGUAGCGGCUGGAACUUCGCCCGGCUCGAUGGUGAACAGCGCGCAAGCAGGAGCGGCAGCGGCGACGGCGAUUCUGGCCGGGCGGACCGGCACAGCGGAUCCCUCCAGUUUGGGUGCGGCUCUCAGAGACCAGAAGUUUGCGGGUGUCGAGGGGAGGGAAUUUUCGGCUGCGACGGGGCUUCUGUCGACGGGCCAAACGGCUGUCUUGACACCUGAGCAGCAACAGAUGCAGCAGCAGCUUCUUCAGCAACAGCAGCAGAUGGCCAACAACCGCGUUUACAUCGGCAACGUCCCCUUCGGAUUCUCCUCGGAAGACCUCAAAAAAAUCUUCGUCGUCUUCGGCCCGAUCCUCAGCUGUCAGUUGCUGCCUUCGCAAGAAAACCCGCAACAGCACCGGGGGUACGGCUUCAUCGAGUAUGCGACGGCCGACGCUGCGAAGCUGGCGAUUGAAACGAUGAACGGCUUCGAAGUGGCGGGGAAACAACUGAAAGUAAACUUCGCGACGGCGAUGCGAAACAGCCCCGUAGUGGGAACCCCUCUCGCCUCCACGCUCCUUCCCACCAUGGGCGGCCUUCCUGGAGCCUCGCCCGCGACCGCGGGCCUUGUCCCCGGUCUCUCGCCUGCCGGGGCCUUGGGCGCGACCGCGGUCGGAGGCCUCACAGGCCUGACCCCCGGCGUCCCGACGCCUGCAGCCCCCGGGGGCCUCAUGGGCGCCGCUGCCUCCCCUGCGGCGACGGGUGCCGUGGCGGGUACCCCCGCGCCUCCAGCAGUGAACGGAACGAGUGAAUCUGCCGGAGCCGACGGCGGAAAAGAGAGACAAGGAGAGAAGGAAGACGAGGACUUGCCGCCCGCGCCUGCAGCAGCAGACAUUCAUAGCCGCGUGGUGCUUCUGACGAACAUGGUGACGCCCAGCGAGGUCGAUGGCGAGUUGAAAGAUGAGGUGCGCGACGAAUGCUCCAAGUUUGGAGGCAUCAAACGCGUGGAAGUUCACACGCUGAAAGACACAGUCCGCAUCUUCGUCGAGUUUUCGGACCUUUCGGGAGCCCGCGAGGCGAUUCCUUCUCUCCAUGGCCGGUGGUUCGGAGGCCGACAGAUCAUCGCGAACACCUACGACGAAGAGCUUUUCCACCAAGGCGAAUAUGAGGCGUAG